AUGCGUCUCACUAUUCUUUCUUCGCUUGUUGUCCACUCUCAAGAAACCUACAAGUUGAAACCCUUUACGCUUAACCUCGACAGUCGCGUGCCUCGGAUGCUCAACUUGAUCAAGAAUACGCAAUUUCCUGAUGCUCCUGAAUACCCCGACUUGUCGCCAGAUGCUGGAAUCCCACUCAGCACUCUGAAGUCGCUGCGUACAGAAUGGCUCACAAAGUUUAACUGGCAGGAAGAGCAAGCUGCCAUUAACAAAUAUCCUCAGUUCUCUGCAGAGAUUGAAGGUCUUACAGUCCACUUUGUAUACCAAAAGUCAAGCGCACCAAAUGCUAUUCCGCUGAUUCUGUUCCAUGGCUGGCCGGGAUCAUUCUUGGAGUUUCUCCCCCUAGUCAAGAACCUUACGAGUGAGGCAAAAACACCAGCUGGGAAACCAGUCUCAUUUGAUGUGAUCAUACCCAACCUUCCGGGAUAUGGACCAUCGUCGGCGCCUCCAGCCAAUUGGACCACCGCAGACACGGCCAGAAUCACCAACACUCUCAUGACGGACGUCCUUGGCUACAAGACAUACGCUGCUCAUGGGACGGACUGGGGCUGCGUCGUUGCAUAUCACCUGUACAGCUCAUACAACACCACUGUCCGUGCAUCUCAGCUGGUGUUCUUGCCGUUUUACCCAUAUACGCCCGAUCAGCUCUCCGAUGCCGGCAUUUCACUGAAUGAGCUCGAGCAAUUUGAAGAGGGAAGUUUCAUGGAAUGGUACACGAAUGGCCAAGGUUACUUUGAAGAACAGACGACCAAGGAAAGUAUACCCCGACCCAACACCAUUGGCCUGGCCUUAUACGACAAUCCAGUUGGUCAACUCGCAUGGAUCGGCGAGAAGUUUCUCAACUGGUCUGAUCCUCGAGCCGGUACUGGUCCUUCGAUCUUGACGCACAAUGAGAUCUUGACGGCCGUCUCACUGUACUACCUCACUGAGUCGUUCAACUCGGCGGGCUUCAUCUACUAUCAGAAUCCGGAUGGCUUUGCUACGGAAUACACUAAGGCUCAGACCGAUGCGCCAUUGCUAUUCAGCUCAUUCAAGUAUAACGUGGCAUUCUGGCCGCCUGCGUUGGUGGAGAAGACCGGCAACCUGGUUGUCUACAAUAAUCACGAUUUUGGUGGACACUUUCCCUCGCUGGAUAAUCCUCCAGCAAUGCUUGCCGACCUUCGAGAGAUUGCCGAUCAUUGGGAGUAG